AUGGCCGGCGAACUUGCUCCGCCCCGGAAGAGCGUCGAGCUCCAAGACUCUGGUACUAAGGACAUCGAAUCAUCCGGCGGCGAGGAGCACUUCUCGGACGCAUCUGAAGGUCGCAACGCACCAGCGUCCCCGAUUCCGACCACUCGUGUCGAGAGAGUGGAUGACGAGCCUGCACACGGCGAAGUUCCCGGCACCGAAGCUUACAACAAGCGCAUCCAGGACGCUGUCCCCGACGAAGUUGAGGUAGUUCCAGAGGGCUCUCGAAGUCGAAGCACCUCGAGGGUCAGUGUCAGCGACCGCCCACUGACACCUGGUGGCACCCCAAUACCAAAGACAGUCGUUGAGAAGAUCGACCCGUCGUCACCUUCCUACGGCGAUGUACCAGGUACACAUGCACAUCAAUUACGGCUGGCAGAUGCCGAGCCCGACGUUAUUGUGAAAGCGCCCGAGCCUCCUCAGCGCAACUCAUCAGGGUCACCAACUGCCUCGCUUGAUAGGUCUUCCUUAAAUCGCGAACCCGAAGGCGAAGACGACCUCGACGAGUCGCACGGCUCUGCACCUGAGCUCCAAAGUCAACCACAGAUAUCUACCGGCGCAGAGGCGGAGGCGGCGGAGGGCGGCGACGACGACGGAGACGGAGAUGGAGACGAUGACGGGUUUGGAGAUGAUUUCGGAGACGAUUUCGAUGAUUUCGAGGAAGGCGGAGAGGGUGACGAUUUUGGGGAUUUUGACGAUGGGUUUCAGGGCGAGGAACAACCACCAGAGCCAUCAUUUGUUAAACCCCCAGAACCAACUCCUACCCCAGCCCCUCCCCUAGGUCCUCCCGUUCUGGACUUCGAAAACCUCACAACACUAGACGAUGUGAUCCGGGCAUCGCAACCAUACCUGGACGGAAUGUACCCUUCGAUGACGGAAAUCCCCAGCAUAUCAACAACCGCAUCGUCGGACGCCACGCGAUCGAUAUUCCUAUCCGAGCGCAGCCAUUCACUAUGGUCGCAACUAGUAGCCCCACCGCCGCUCCAACCACCCGACUGGGUUCGCUCACGGAUCCGCCGGCUGUUCCUGGUCUCUCUCGGCGUGCCAGUCGACCUCGACGAAAUCCUGCCCGCCUCCAAGCAAAAGAAACUCAUCCUCCCCUCCAUCCACAUCGCCGGCGAGAAAUCGCCGAGACCCUCCACGGAGGGCCGGAACAGCAGCGGCGGCGCGGCGCUCAACCGCGUGAAGAAGGAAAACGCAUCCUCCGCGUCGAUAGACUCGUCGGCGUCGAAAUCGGAACGACGGCGCAAGGGCCCGCCGCCCCCGCCGCAACUCGACAUCUCGUCGACGACCAUGCUGUGCGCGACGACGGACGCCGCGCUGGGCAACUUCACGGACGAGGAGCUGCGCGCGCACGUCAAGAGGCUGCAGGAGCUGACGGAGCGGGCCAACGAGGUGUUUGAGUACUGGCAGAAGAGGAUGGAGAGCGCGCUGGGGGAUAAGGAGGCGUUUGAGAGCGUGAUUGAGAAUCUGGUUGCGCAUGCGAAGAAGAUACGGUGAUUGGAAAAGGAGUUAUGAGUAUAUAGAUAGAAGAGAGGAACAAAAUCAAAAUAUAUAAUUAUACCAUUACUACUAU